UUGUAAGAAUUAAAAUUCUGUGUAAUUUUUUUUCAUCAAUUGAAUUUUUAAAAAAUCUUGAAAAAAAAAAUUAAUUAAAAAUUUAAACGGUGAGAAUUUUUUUUUCUGCAAAAAAAAAAGAUAAUAAAAAAAAAUUGCUUUUAAAAAUUUAAAUAAAAAAAAAAUAAGAAAGAAAAGGAAAGCAGAAAAAAAGAGUGUCAAACAAAGUAAAGAAGCAAAAGAAGAGAAAUUCGGUCCAUUUUGGUCAAAAGCGUUAAAUGAAAGAAAAUAAAAAAAAGUGUGUGAAUUAUUCAAAUUUAAUGAAGAAAGUGAAAUUGCUCCUAAUUAGGCGAAGUAAUUGAGUAAAAAAUUUGCGUAGGAGGAGUUCCUGAACGAUUUCGCUUCGAAAAAAAAUAAUAAAAAAAUUAAUUGAUGUUUAAACAAAAAAAAAAACAAACAACAAAAAAGUUGUAAUUAAGUAGAAAGUGAAAUGCGCUAUUUUUUGGUCUAAGACAAUUUAAUUUACUACAAAAAAAAAUUCGUCGAACCAAAAAAUGCACGCACGCAUUAUUAUUAAUAAUAAUAAAGAUUAUUGACUUUUUGAGCGAAAUUACCUUUUUGUGUUGAAAAAACGAUAAUUUUUUAAACCGUGGCCUUUUACAACGAAGGAAGUGAUCGCCGUUGGGUACGGCAAGCCGUCAUGGGUGUUUUACGUUGGAAGGAUUUGCCGGGAACUGGCAAUAAUAGCUCCUCACGCCAUUCCCUCGGAAAUAAUCGGUCAAUUUUUGAGAGUUCCCGCGAAGAACGAGUGCCCAACUUACACAGCGACAGUUUAUCCCUGACACAUCAAUCGUCGCUGCCUCGUUCCCAACGACACUCCGCAAACAGUUCAACCUCCGUAUCGACGCCAGCCUCUCCGCAACUCAAUUCCUCCCAUUUGUCCAAUGGGCAUCAAUAUCACUCCCAAUCCAGCGUGAGUUCGCAAUCGUCCUCAAUUGUCUCGACAAUUCCCGCAUCGCAGCGUCUCCUCGAAGAGGCUCUCGCCAAACCAGGUCCAUAUCCCAUGAUUGUUCUGCCCGCUAACGGAGGUUAUUGGCUCGACGGCACCGAUCACGAAUGCGCUUUUGACGCUCGUGGCAAUCCCGUGUUGCCCAAUUCUGCGUGGCGCGCCAAAUUCGAGACAGAUGACACGGCGAAAUGCUACCGGAGGUUCUUUGUGGGACGAGAACACUCGAAUCUCGUGGGGCACGAUGAUCAAUUGGGACCCGUUUUGUUGUCGAUCAAGUCGGAAAAUGUCGCAAAUCAGGAGCAUAUAAGGAUUUUGUUGCGUUUGAGGACGGGAACGAUGCACGAAAUUAUUCCGGCGUCGUGUUUGGGCGCCAAUCCGAGUCCCAUCAAGAUGGCGCAACUGUUGAACGAGCAAAUUAGCGUCGAUAACUUCAUGCCAGUGCUUUGUCCGAAGGCAUCGAAUGCGAUUGCCAACUACGACGAGCAUGUGCUUGUCUCAAAUUUCAAAUUUGGCGUUUUAUACCAAAGAUUCGGACAAACGACGGAAGAGGAGUUGUUCGGAAAUAAUUGUACGUCGCCCGCUUUCGAGGAAUUUUUGGAUGUAAUUGGGCAGCGGAUUCGUCUGAAAGAUCACAAAGGGUAUCGCGGCGGUUUGGAUAUCCAAAAUGGGCAUACGGGCGACACGGCGGUCUAUGAGGUCUUCAAAGAACGCGAAAUUAUGUUCCAUGUCUCGACUUUGCUCCCGUACACGGAUGCCGAUCCGCAACAAUUGCAACGGAAACGUCACAUUGGCAACGAUAUUGUCGCCAUCGUGUUCCAAGAGUCAAAUACGCCCUUUUCGCCCGACAUGAUUGCCAGUCAUUUCUUGCACGCAUUCAUCAUUAUCCAACCACUCGAGCCAAAUACUCCCAAUACGCGAUACAAGGUCUCCGUAACAGCGCGCGACGAUGUUCCCUUCUUCGGACCAACUUUGCCAAAUCCCGCAGUUUUUCGCAAAGGACCCGAACUCAAGGAAUUCCUCUUGACGAAACUAAUUAAUGCUGAAAAUGCGUGCUACAAAGCCGAGAAAUUCGCAAAACUCGAGUUACGAACACGAACGUCGCUCUUGCAGAACUUGGUUGAAGAGCUGAAAGAGAAAACUCGUGACUUUUUGGGAUCAGAUCUCUUACCGGGAGGAGCAACGUCGCCAACGCCUGAUACUCCGAAGAGCGAAAGCGGAAAUGCGGGCACACGAUUCAUUGAUACCGUGAAAAAAGCGUUGAUUUCUCGUGUAAGAUCGCAGAGUGUUGAUCAGGUAGAGAGCUCGAACAAGCAUUCGUUGACGGGAAAACGCUCCAAGGAACCAAGUAUCGCUGAAAUGAGCAGUAAUAAUGGCAUUCGUACACUUUCGAAGAACGGCACGUUGAGUAAACGAUCUCCCAAUGACUCGGCAGCAUCUUCGCCUGAUAUAACGUCGCGCGCAACGCUUAAUCGCAGUCUCAGCAGCAACAAUAACAACAACAACAACGCCUGCAAUCCGCAUGCGAACAACAAUAACAACGCGAACGGCAAUAAUGGAGUCGCAAUGUCGGAAACGAGCGACGAUUCAAGCUUAAAUAGUGUCGAUUUGGAUCCAAUGGAUGCAGGAGCAACUUACAUCGAUAGUGACACAGGACUUGAAUCAAUGUCAUCUGCGGAAGCAACAACCAAAGCUUGCUCCUUGUGUUUAGAUGGAGCGCCGAAUUUGAUGCCUGCAGGUCCCGAAGUUUUCCAACAAAUCGAUGGAUUGAGACAAGAAGUUACGAGACUCAAGUGUGACAAACUCGAUUUAUUGCGACAGAAUGUGACCUGUCAACGUGACAUCAAACGCCUCCGCGAACGAGAAUUAUCAUUACAGGGCGAUCUCGCAGCUGCUGGCAAGGAAAUUUUACGAUUACGAGACCUCUUGAAGGAAUAUGUCCCAUCACCGCAACCCAAUGGACCACAUUCCAUGUCGCAACUUUAAAUGCGAACGUCGAAAAAACCAGAAAUUGACCAAAAAAUAUCUUAUUUGACAACAAGAACGUAUAAUUAACCCUCAAAGUCGAUGUCUAUUAGAUGAAAUUUUGUGUAAUAAUACAUUAAAAAAAUAAUCAAGCAGAUGUCAAUUUAAUUUGGAAAGUGUCUAUAAAAAUUUAUAUUAUUGGUAUACAUCAAAUGUAGAUCCAUAAAUGUUUAAAUGUUAAAAAAAAAAUAUAUCUAAAAAAAAUCUGAAAAAAUAUUUUUGACCUGAUCGAGCUUGACAAACGACUUACGACUGACAACAUCAGCAUUAAUUAUGUAAAUAAAUCUUUAUUUAAUCACUUAUUAAAUAAAUAUAAUUAUAAGGCAAGGUACAUCCGUGCAAUAAACUUAAAAAAAUAUUAACAAAAAAUCCCUUAAAGGGAAUUUUUCUAUAAUUUCUUGUAAAAUAUUAUUUUUUGUAAUUUUUAAGAUUUUUUUUUUCACUCUCAAAGUUAAGUUUUUUUAAAUUUUUACACAAACAUCACAUUUUUCAUUUAAAAAAAAUAAUAAAAUAAAAUAAAAUAAUAAACCAACAAAAAAUACCAAAGCCAACAUUCCCUCGGUCGGCACAGAACGCACGAAGGUACCAAAAUUUUGAUCCACAGCAAACCAAAAAAUCUCUCAAAUCACAGUUGAGAGACGAAGCUACAGCUAUGUGUUGGUUACCAAAUAUAAAUCACAAUACAGCAACUACAAAAAUAUUAAAAAUAAAUAAAAAAAAUAAAUGUUUUGUAGUUCAAAUUAAAAAAAAAAAAUAAAAUUAUAAAUGUAGAUAAAAAUAAAAAUAAAUGCGUGCAAGACAGAAUAAUUAAAAAAUAAUAGAAAAAAGCUUGUUGAUGUAACAAAAGUAAUAAUAAUAAAUAAAAAAAUAUUUUUAAAAAUUAAUAAUAUAAAAAAAAAAAAAAUAAAUGGCACUACAUACCUUCUCCUGAUAUACAUUUUUUUGGAAAAAAUCUUUGUAAGCUAAAUCGCCUAA